UAUGGUGUUGGAAUGACAUUUAUGAAGACUUUCAACUCUGAUGAGUAUGCUGCGGAGAGGGUGGACAAUCCCUACUUCCCUUUCACUAGCAAACCAGACUGGGAGAUGGCAGCAUUUCUUCUUCGGUCAGAGCUCAGCAUGGCGGAUAUUGACCAAUAUCUUCAUCUUGAAUUUUCCGCUGAACGUGCAGUUCGUAUUUACCACGGUUUCAUGACCGGUGAUUGUGCUUGGGAACUUCAGGAACGCCUCCCUGAUGGUGCGACUCUUCUUGGCGUAGUCUUGUCCUCAGACAAGACUAAGGUCAGCAAUCUCUCUGGCAAUCGCUAUGCUCAUCCACUCCUCAUCUCUCUUGCAAAUAUCAACUCUGAGAUACGUGGCAAAGGAUCCCUGGCAGCAUAUAUCCCCAUCGCUCUGCUCCCCAUUGCGAAGUUCAUCCAUGGGAAUCAACGCAUGCGCGGCGUUCUGGCGGACCGGCUACUCCAUCAAUGCAUUGGCAUUGUCGUCGAGCCACUGAAGCAAGCCGCACGCCUGGGUGUCAUGAUGAGUGACCCAGCAGGGUUUAGUAGAUAUUGCUUCACGCCCCUUGUCGCAUAUGUAGCCGAUACUCCCGAGGAGCUCGUAAUCGCAUGCAUUAUGAUGAAUGCAUCGCCUGUCACUAUGGCCACACGUGUCAACUUCGGUGACCCGACUCGACACCCCCUUCGUAAAGGAUCAUCUACACUUGCCAAUAUCAGAGCCGUUGCUGGUUUCGUCUCGCCUUCUGAUCUCAUGGCGUUCUUUGGAGAGUGCAAGCAAUAUUUCCUAAAUGGUGUCGUUACACCGUUCUGGUCAGCUUGGCUCACCACAGACCCUUCCUCAUUCCUGACACCCGAGCUUCUCCAUCACCUACACAAGAUGUUCUGGGAUCACGACCUCAGGUGGUGCAUAAAAGUCGUUGGCACCAAGGAAAUCGACUUUCGUUUC